AUGGGUAUUGAUCAUCCCUUGCUGCUUUGCUGGGGGUGCUUGACUUCCUUGCUUGUCGCCCCGACCUCCCACCCGAACCCCGCGUUUCCUCUUGGUGCGAAGCAGUCAAGCGGCUUCCCAAUAGUAUGCACGUUUGUGCAGCCCUCUAAGGCUUCACAACUCCACCCCGGCCCCGGGUCGGACUUGGCUCUGAUCCACUCCGUCCGCCGAUGCAGGAAGUUCACACACUGUCUUCCUGGUCGACUCUCUGAUUCAAACAUCUUGCCUAUUGGGCUCUAUAUCAAAGUGCGACUGGCGAGUGGCCAGGACGCUCUCGGUCCGAUGGAUGCUGCAGGUGGAUGUAGGGUCAUACCGAUGAGACAUAGACAACCGGACUUAGGAACGAAGGCGGACGCCGCCGGAUGCCCGGAGCUUUCCCCAACCUGCAUUUGGCUGAGACCAACUUUGCGUUGGAAGGAGUAGGCUUAUUCCGCACCCACACGAAGCCUAUCCCGCACCCAUACUAGUCUCGUUAGAUUAGAGGAAAUAGUAGGUAGGAGUAAAUAGCCG